AUGUAUAAAGACAUUUUCAAUGGAUCGCCGAUUUCACGAGUCACCAUGGAAACUCAAAGCGAAAAAAAGAGAGCGGCGUAUUUCACAGAGGCGGAGUUGGAAGUUUUAAUGCAUGCUUAUGAGGAGUUUAAGCCAAUAAUAUUAAAAAGAAGCAAUACAGCUGCAUCGGCUAAAGCAAGAGAGUUGGCUUGGCAAAAAAUAACGGACAGAGUAAAUGCGUGUAAUCCUUCUGGAGCCACAAGAACUUUAAGCCAAGUCAAAAUGAAACACAAAAACAUUCUGCAAAAAGCUAACAGAAAAAAGACUGAAGCCCGUCUAACUGGCGGGGGGCCACCACCACCUCCCCUCACCCCAUCUGAGGAGCUGGCUCUGUCCCUUAAUAAAGGGCGACCAGUGGUUGCUGGCAUUCCAGGGGGCAGUUCAUCACACAUACUAUGCACCACAAGUGAUGGUGAAAAAAGGGUGAAAUAUACUGAUGGACGGAUUGUAUUAUUGGACUCUCCAGAAAGAACACAGUCUGUCACAGUUGAUGAAGAUGAUGAUGACGAUGAAGAGACCACAUCUGCUGUGACAGAAGUGGACAAUGCUGGUAGAUCCACUGAGUACAUACCUAGGGAUUUGCCCACAGAUGAGGGUCCUUCAGCCUCAGCACACAAUCUAAGCAGGUUGCCAGCAAAGGAGCUGUAUAAGGUCCAUCUUCAAAAACAAAUAAGAAAAAGUGACAUGGAGAUGGACCUUAUACAGCUUCAAAUGGAAGAGAAAAGGCUCCUCAUUAAAAAAAACUUGUCUGAAUAUUAA